AUGGCAAAGGCUUUUGCGAAGGAUUCCAUAAGCGGCACAUCCACUACUCCUCCUAGCAGGAGUGGUCCAGGCUCCUUGCCGUCCACGGAAUAUGAGGAUGCCUCGGGUUUUCCAACACUUCCCCCGAGGGCACCGAAUGACAGGAUGCAGCCAAUGACUGGCCAUUUUAGACGUCGCAAGUACUACAUUCCAGAAGAGCAUGUGGACUCGUUCAAGGCGACAGUUGCCUCCCCAACCAGGGACGUGACUAGAUGUGAGCAGCUUCGUGCGCGUGAACAGAUCAUGCAGGUAAAAAUUGAGGGCUUGAUGCAAAAGCGUUCGUUUGGUCUCCUAUGGACCUCCUACUGGGUAGUUUUGGACCAGUCUGCAGUUCGAUUGUACGAGAGUGAGCAGGCAUCCAUCUCCAGACCUGAUGCACCAGUCGAAGAAAUCCCAGCUCACCGCAUAGUACCAGAGAUUCCAAGGAAUCACCCAACGUGGGUCAUUUGCACAGAUGAUUGGACCAAGCAGAAGGUGCUCUACCUUCGUAGUGGGUGUGAGCCCCCUACGUGGGAAGACGUUGCCUCUGCUCGUCUCUGGUACUGGGCUCUAGGUGAACAGCGAGGUCGAGACAAUGCCUAG